AUGGACAUGGGCCGCCUCGAGCUCUCGCCAUCCUCCUCCUCCUCCACCUCGGCGUCGUCCUCCUCGUCGGACCACAACAAGAAGGCGCCCCCAAGCGCGCCCGCAAAACGCACCAAGUUCCGCGAGACGCGGCACCCGGUGUUCCGCGGCGUGCGCCGCCGGGGCGCCGCGGGCCGGUGGGUCUGCGAGGUGCGCGUCCCGGGGAACCGCGGCGCGCGGCUGUGGCUCGGCACCUACGUCGCCGCCGAGUCCGCGGAGCGCGCGCACGACGCCGCGAUGCUCGCCCGGACUCCGCGCGGCUGCUCGCCGUGCCGCCGCCGUCCGCGCUCGAGGUCGUCGCGGACUUCCAGCUCCGAUUCGAGGCCGCCGCCAUUGCCGGACAUUGUUUCUGGCUCGGCGGCGACGUCGCUUGAGCAAGUACCUGGGAAGGCUGACGAGCCGGCGGCACUGGACGUCGAAGCGUUCGAGCCCGACUGGUUCGGCGACAUGGACUUGGACACGUACUACGCCAGCCUCGCGGAGGGGCUGCUCAUGGAGCCGCCGGCCGCGGCAGCCGCCUGGGAACAUGGCGACUUCGGUGACGGCGGAGCGGACGUCGCGCUCUGGAGGUACUAG